UGCCGGGCGCCGGAGUAAUAUGCUAACUCGAGUGAAAUCUGCCGUAGCCAAUUUCAUGGGCGGCAUCAUGGCUGGCAGCUCAGGCUCUGAGCACGGCGGCGGCGGCUGCGGAGGCUCGGACCUGCCCCUGCGCUUCCCCUACGGGCGGCCGGAGUUCCUCGGGCUGUCUCAGGACGAAGUGGAGUGCAGCGCUGACCACAUCGCCCGCCCCAUCCUCAUCCUCAAGGAGACCCGGCGGCUGCCCUGGGCCACUGGCUACGCAGAGGUUAUCAAUGCCGGGAAGAGCACACACAAUGAAGACCAAGCCAGCUGUGAGGUGCUCACUGUGAAGAAGAAAGCAGGGGCCAUUACCUCAACCCCAAACAGGAACUCCAAGAGACGGUCCUCCCUCCCUAACGGGGAAGGGCUGCAGCUAAAGGAGAACUCGGAAUCCGAGGGCGUCUCCUGCCACUACUGGUCGCUGUUUGAUGGACAUGCGGGGUCCGGGGCCGCCGUGGUGGCAUCGCGCCUGCUGCAGCACCAUGUCACAGAGCAGCUGCAGGACAUUGUGGAGAUCCUGAAGAACUCUGCUGUCCUGCCCCCGACCUGCCUGGGAGAGGAGCCUGAGAACACACCCGCCAACAGCCGGACCCUGACCCGCGCCGCCUCCCUGCGCGGAGGGGUGGGCGCCCCGGGCUCCCCCAGCACCCCGCCCACGCGCUUCUUCACCGAGAAGAAGAUCCCACACGAGUGCCUGGUCAUCGGGGCUCUGGAAAGCGCCUUCAAGGAGAUGGACCUACAGAUAGAACGAGAGAGAAGUUCAUAUAAUAUAUCUGGUGGCUGCACGGCCCUUAUUGUGGUCUGCCUUCUGGGGAAGCUGUAUGUGGCAAAUGCUGGGGACAGCAGGGCCAUAAUCAUCAGAAAUGGAGAAAUCAUCCCCAUGUCUUCGGAAUUCACCCCYGAGACGGAGCGCCAGCGACUUCAGUACCUGGCAUUCAUGCAGCCUCACUUGCUGGGAAAUGAGUUCACACAUUUGGAGUUUCCAAGGAGAGUACAGAGAAAGGAACUUGGAAAGAAGAUGCUCUACAGGGACUUUAAUAUGACAGGCUGGGCAUACAAAACCAUUGAAGAUGAUGACUUGAAGUUUCCCCUCAUAUAUGGAGAAGGCAAGAAGGCCCGGGUAAUGGCAACUAUUGGAGUGACCAGGGGACUUGGGGACCAUGACCUGAAGGUGCAUGACUCCAACAUCUACAUAAAACCAUUCCUGUCUUCAGCUCCAGAGGUAAGAGUCUACGAUCUCUCUAAAUAUGAGCAUGGAGCAGAUGAUGUGCUGAUCUUGGCCACUGAUGGACUGUGGGAUGUUUUAUCAAAUGAAGAAGUGGCAGAAGCAAUCACUCAGUUUCUUCCUAACUGUGAUCCAGAUGACCCUCACAGGUACACACUGGCAGCUCAGGACCUGGUGAUGCGUGCCCGGGGUGUCCUGAAGGACAGAGGAUGGCGGAUAUCGAACGACCGACUGGGCUCAGGAGAUGACAUUUCUGUAUAUGUCAUUCCUUUAAUACAUGGAAAUAAACUCUCAUGAAAAUGAUCCAGGGGAUUGGGAGGACAGAGGGGAAGAAAACUGGGAUGCCUCUGAGCAGGGCGGAACCGGGAAGUGCCCCAGCUGAGUUCCAGGUGAUGCAAUCUCUUCCCAGCCCAGGUGGGGAGUUCUUUGCCAAGAGGCCUCUGGCUAUGCUUCAAAAUGACCCUUAGGUUUCCAUCGCCUUAGUAACAGGUCUGGACUCAACAAGAGCUGGGAAAACAAAGCCUCCUACUGAGUGUCAUAUUUUGGUUGGUUUUUAAAAUAGGCCUCCUAGGUGGCUCUUGCAUUUGGGGCACAUACAUCCUAUUUAUUUGAUCUAGAGUAGCUAGGGCAGAGCCAUGUUCAGAUGUAACUGGCAGAAGACUCCUCAGUCUGUCAAGCUGCCAACUUCUUUACAGGUUAGAAGUGCCGCAUUGGAAAGUUGGGGAUCACACCUCAGAAAGCUAAAUCGUCCACCUUUAGAAAGCUCAAGAUGAAUUUCAGGGAUUCUGCCUUCCUCUUUCUCUCUCUCUCCUUCCCUACCUCUCCCACCUCUUUUUCUUUCUUCUCUUUAUUCUUUUGUGGUAUUGGUGGGGUGAGGCAGGGAUUUUUUUUCUUUUCUUUUCUUUUUGACAUUCCUUAAAUCUUGUUUGUUUCCCUUCAGUAGAACAGGACGGGGACUUUCCAACUCCUUUCCUGAAGAAUUUUUGUGUCCAAGUCCAGCCUGGGCUGGGUUGUCCCCAUAUCCCACAGCCCCCACCACCCAGGUAGCCAUCUGGACCGAUGCCCUGCAUGAUCGACCAUGUCUCUGUUGCAUACCAAGUCGUGCUUUCUCACCAAAUCAGUGUUUUCUUGAAAAUGUGGGUGUUCCGUUGGACCAACAGUUCCUCUGUUAUCUCCAGCGUCCCUCUUUGUGUGGCUUCGAGAGUCUGGAUUGUCAUCCUGGAAUGUUGGCCCCCUUCCACGUGCAGUGUUUAGAAAGUUUGGAGCCGUUUAGAAAGUUCUUAAUAUCAUUCAGUUCACCGUACCUCACUUGAGAACAGCUUUGGAUCCAGGUUUCAUGAGCUGUGACUGUCCUCCUGCUCCCUCUAGAUUAAAUAUCAGUUCCGUCGAGCAGCAGCAGUUGUGUUUCUGCUGUGUGGUGCAGAAUCCACUCUUUUAAUCCAAGUGAAUUCAGAUUGGGUAGGCCAGUCUCCCUCAUGGUGACUUCCCAGUCUCUUCUCCAGAGCAUCAUGUCGUAGCUACCUAGGAACUGGGACCCCUCUGCCCACUGUGGAUCCACCUCUGUGCACACCUCACAAGCACAGCAGCAGCAGCACACACUGGACCCCCUGAACACCGGUCACUUCUCUGCCAGGAGGAAUGGCAAAGUCAAUUUUUAAAAAAUCACUCCCGUCUCCCUGGAAGGACGACAUCUAAUUACCUAGUCCUCUUCCUGCCGAAGAGGGGUUGUCACCAUUUUGACAACUUCCAGUAAUUCAAACACUCUUCCAACCCAAUGAAGAAGGUCAUGGGGUGACUUCCCCAAACUGCUGGAGAGCCAGUUCCAGUUGCCAUGUUUGUCUGAAUUCCUUCGCCAGAGGAGAGGAGAAAAACCUUUCCUCCCGGGGAGUGAAUCACCUACAUUCCUGGAGUUGUAGGUAUUGUCUUAGGAAAGGCCUGGAGUCUUGCUACUCAGGAAUGAAUUUGUUCCAUAGUGUAGAAUCCCUGUCCUGUCUGGCAGGUGAAGCACUGUGGGAAUUUACCCCUCCGGGUGUCUGCCACCCUGUUGCCUGAGGCGAGCUGGGCACGGCAUUGUUAGGAGCCAUCUCCAUCUGAUCCUGUGUUUCCUCUGCCUUCAGUAAAUCUGAGCUACAAUGAACAUCUCUGUGGGGAGACGUUGGUGGUUAGCCAUUGGCUUCACUGGAACAAUAUGAUGCUAUGGGGAAACUUUCUGCUCUUGCCCCAACUCUCAAAGUUAUAUACAAAAUAGAAACUUGAGAAAGUCCUGCAUGGAGGACCCUGAGCCACCUCCUUCGGGAUCUUUCCUGUGUUAUUGUUGUCUUUUUUUUUUUAAACUUUCUUUCUUCUUUCCUUUUCUGGACCUCUCUCUGGGCCCUACCUUGAGCUUCUCUAGUCUUAAGCCACUGGAGUCAGAAUUUGGGUGUAGAUAUCAUGACAACUUUCCACUCAAUUCACGAAUUCAUUUACUGCCAAGGCCAGUCUCAGGAAAAACUCUGGAAAUCCCCACAUUCAAAUUAUCCUAAAAUCUUGAGCAUUUAGUCCUGCUGGUUUUGGUUAGAAAGGUAUCCAGGAAUUCUUCCCAUUAAGUCUCUUUCGAAAGAUCUUAGUAGCAAGCUAAAGCCGUGUUUGUGUUUGGGGGCUAGGUGGAAGACUGCAAAUGAGGUGAAUAAAUCAAAAGUGGAAACAGUGAUUUGUUAAUGCCCAUGGCAGAUCUACCCAGCACUGAUAUUGCUGUGUGAAUUGAGCUGACUCCAUCUUUGGCCUUAUUUUCCACCCAGGCCCCAAGUCACCCUGUCCCAGGACAGUAACUGUGUCUACAUAAUGGGUUGGACCUCGGAGCAUUCCUGGAAAGGUCAAAAGACAACACAGAAUUCUGCAGAACAUGUUUCUAUGUGGUUCUGAAAUCUUGUGUAUCUGACUUAAAGCCAAAUCUGCUUGCCCUAAUAGCCUCAGAGGAAGUCUUGUGUAAUGAAAAGCAUUUGAUUUCCUAGUCAAGUCUUAAUGGUUGUCUUGGGGGUUGUGUGGCUACUUCCUUUAAUGAAAGUCUCUUUCCACUCUAAAUCUCUUUGCUGGGCUGGCCCCUGCUCUUUGGACUGUUUGAGACACCCUUUCUUAAAGAGUGUGAACUCACAGUCCAUCUGUCUUCUGCAGAGCUUUGCCAGACAGCUACCAAAGCGUGAACUUUGUGACCCACGAAGCCAGAGCAGGGUUAGCAGUCGGAGAGGUGGAGGGUGAUCCAACUGUGGUUCUGCGUGCCUGUUCUUGAAGUGGGGUUGGAGAGGAGAAAAUCUGGCUAGGCCAAGUACUCAGCUGUCUAAUAGGUCAAAACCUAAGUGGGACUUCUGGUAUUUUCUGUAGUGUUCAGCUUUGGAGAAUUUGGAGUGUUUCAUUUUUUAAAUUCCUAGCAACUUGCCUCCAUGGGACUGAGUGAAGUCAGUGUGUCCACGCUUACUCUUCUCUGUAAGUAUUCAUAUAYUCCUUAGGAAGAAUUUGAAACGUGGGUAGAUAUUGGUGGGCAAGAAUGAAAGUCCAGGCGACCAGAUUCAGCCCCAGAUCUUGGCCAUCUGAGCAGGGUUUUCAGUUUACCAAGAGCACUAGUAUGGAAACAUCUGGGAAAAGACUCCCACAUCUUUAAAAAAAAUUCUCAUUUUCCUCUUGUUAUCCCUUUCCUCACCUCUUCCCUCACCUGCCAGUCAACUAUAUUUAUAAGGUCACAAGUGGUUAGUGGUUUUGUUUACACCAGUUUGAGGGUCUAACCAUUCCUUAAAGUGAUGCAGCAGUCCCACAGUUUUCAGAGGGAAUAUGUUAAGCUUGGUGAGAUUCUAAUUUCAGUAAGUUAAUGCUUCUGGAACAGUUGGCAAAAGUAAGGAGAUUCAUCGCCUAUGCAAGAACAACCAUCCUGACCUUAAAAGAUACUAGAUCUAAGCGGGGCGUGGUGGUGCACGCCUGUAAUCCCAGCAGCUCUGGAGGCUGARACAGGAGAAUCUCGAGU